AAUGCCCAGAUCUGUAAAAAUAGCUCACUUACAUGUUUUUUUUUACAAGUGAAGUACCAUGAUUUCUGCCAACCACUCCCACGAUGCGAAAGGUUGUACAGUAGUAUCUGAUAUAUCAUGACCUGUUGUACAUUACUGGGACAGCACAAGAUAGCGUCCCGCCUUUUUUGCGCAGAAAGCAUUCCUAUUUCAGCUCGUUGUACUCUCCCUCGUCUCUACUUGAAGUAUCCUAUUAGGUGGCGAGUCUAGCGUCUUGCUUGCUGGGUUUGGCAAUCCUAUCCGCCAUUGUAGUGGAAGCAAAGCAAGCCGCCAUUGAUCACCUCCAUAAAACCCCUCCAGGAGCUCUUGUUCUUGCCUCCCAGUCCCUCAUCAUAGGCUGCCGGGACGCCAUCCCUGCAAGCUGCAGCAGCGGCAUGGCGUCGGACCGAGGAGAGGUCGACACCUCGCGCGCCUUCAGGUCCGUCAAGGAAGCGGUCGCUGUGUUUGGGGAGCACAUCCUCGUCAGGCAGGCACAGAUCAGGCCAAAUGGUGGUGGCCAUGGCGACCGUCGUGUCGGCAGGGAGGUGAAUCCCAGGGCAGAUGGCGUCGCCGUUGCCGCUUCGGAUGAGAAGCUUGAGCGGAGUGAUGGCGUCAGGGCUUCUGGUCUUCACCCCAGGGAAAGCUACUCCAAGCCAAGUGUCACCUUCAAUGCCAAGCAAGAAGCGAGUAGCAGCAACAACAGGAGUGCUUCAACUUCAAACGAACUGCCGGUGCCGGUGCCAAGACCGGUUUCAGAAGAUGUGCCAAUGUACCUGGUGCCCACUUCGCCGCCUUUCUUCGCCUCAUCACCAUCGCUGGCGAACGACGACGAGGAGCAAGAGCGCAAGGAAGCCGACCUCAUGGUCCUGAGCUCCAUCAAGAAGCUGGAGGAAGAGGCGGGCAGGACGAGGCAGGAGGUGUCGCAGCUCAAGAGGAGGCUGGCCGAGAUGGAGCUGUCCAUGGCGACGCUGAACGCGAAGCUCCACCGGGCGCUCUCCAAGGUGGCGCACAUGGAGGCCGACAACGCCGCGGCGGCGCGCGCCAGCAUCGAGAGGGGCCGCAGCGGCGACAUGGCGCUCGCGGUGUGGGCCGAGCGCCGCGCCCCCAGCAGGCCGCAGUUGGGUCACCUGCUGAGGCUCGGCGAGGCCGACAGGGACGCGGUGGUGAGCGGCGGCGGCCGGGCAGUAGUGGCGCCGGCGAGGAAGGUGCAGAAGCAGAAACCGAUCAUACCGCUGGUUGUUCCCCUCAUCAAUGGCGUGCUGUUCUCCAAGAAGCGGAAGACGAAGGACAAGGAGAGCAUGUACAUGAAGGAGCUUUACAGCUUGCUUAGGCUGAGUUGAUCACUGGCCUCCAUGCCAAAUCUGUGGAUAACAUGCAUUGCAGUUGUAUCAGCCAACUAAUUUUAAAUCUUUUUUCUUUUA